AUGACAAAACCCUCAGCGGCGUUGACUAUGUUGCGACGAUUCCGGGGUCUGUACCAAGGUCGACACAUUCGUUUUGGAAACCAGAUAAGUCACGCAGAGAACAAAACACGUCGAGCUUGGCGACCGAACGUCCAUCGGAAAGAGUUCUACAGCCGAGUUCUUCAGGAGCCGCUGCGUUUCACGGUGACCACAAGGGCGUUGCGAACGAUCGAAAAAGUUGGUGGCAUCGACGAAUACCUCAUUCUUACCCACGAACGAGAUAUGCUGGGGCCGGACCUUGUGAGGUUGCGCGCUCGAAUCGUAGAACGAGUUCGCGAGCUCCGACUUUCGGAGAACGCAGCUUCCACAUGA